AGAGACAGACACACGUACAGCAAUUACAACAAAUAGUUUAAGGGAGCUACGAAAAAAAAAGUAACCAAGCGACUAAAAAUGUUUUGUUUUGAUGGGUUCGCAUUGAUGAGGUCUUACGCUCUCUUGUUGGUGUUGUUAUUGUUAUUGUCGCUGAAUCUUUUUACAGCUGCUGCUGCUGCUGCUGCGGCUGCUGAUGCUGUGAGUGCUGCUGCUGCUGCUGCUGUUGCGGUCGCCGCUACCUGUUCACGUGCUGCGUUUCGAGUUUGCCGAGUUUAUAAAUGUUAAAGAAAAGACGCUGGGCGCAGCAGUUUCGCGGUAAAACUCAGACGUGCGCAAAGUCAAGCAGAAAAUUAAGCGAAUUUAGAUUAAUGUUUUUGUUACCCUCCGCAUGUGAUGUUAUAAUUUGUUAUAGUUUUUUGGUUUUACGAAUGCCUCGAUACAACGAAAUUAGCGCAAAAGCCUAACGAAACAGCGCGAACAUAAAGAAAAAUUUAUACAGUGAAAUCGAAAGUGAAGCACAAUUUAAAUUGAUUUAAUUUGUUGCGACGCGUUAAAUAAACUAACGGUGUCUUAAAGUAAGUUGCAUUGCAAAUCCUACACUGAGGUGAUCCCAAUGAAAAUCUAAUUUAAGGGUGAAUGAAAUAAAUCCAAUUAAUUUGGUUGCAGAUAUUAAGCAAUAAAUCUGAAUGUGAAUCCGAAGCAGAUUUCAUUCUGAAUGUUAUGCAAAUUUUGCAAAGUGAAUUUCAUCUUAUGAUAAUUCAAAUUAUAUAUAUAUAUGUAUAACGAAAUUAAUAGAGAAGCAAUUGGUUGAAUUAAAGUGAAGAACAAUUUUAGUUUUUCUUAUUUAAAACGAAGAAAAUAAGACAAGUGAAAGCCAAUUUUGGAGUAAAAAUACAUAAAGCAAUAAGAAUUCUAUGGAGAACAAAUGACAUUGUGAAAUAAAAAAGCAGAUCCUUAAAAAUAAGAUCUAACUAUAUUUUUCAUUAAAUUUAAAUGAGAAUUUUUAAAGUGAAGUCAAGUUCAUAUCAAAGUUGAAUUAUGUAACUAAAAUAUCUGAGUUUUACUUAAAACAUAAAUAUGAAACAAAAAUGCGUAUAAAUGAAGUGAAUUCCAAAAAAAAUGAAUAAGAAAUAUGUAUAUCAAUAAUAAAUUCAAAUGAAGUGAAAUUGAAUUUUGAAAUUUAAAUAAGUUAACUGUAACUUACACUAAGGCUCUUAUGUGUUAUAUGUUAAUGACCCGUAUAAAAAGGCGUUUUAAUGCCUUCAAUAAAACAAAUUAGUUUUAAAAAUAAAUGGUGAAAACUCAUUUAAAUUACAUUAAUUCUUGCAUGAUCUUGAAAUAAGUUCAGAUUAUCUGACACUACGUUAAAUUACAGAUCUUAAUGAUCGACAUUAAAAUGGAGCUGUCGCAAUAGUCGUUCCAACACACAUGUUGAAAUAUACACAGCACUUGGACAAGCAUCUUUGACUACAUAUUGACUUAGGUCAAACAAGCUCAUUGACUUCAAUCCAUAAUAAUAAUAAUAAUAUUUAUAGAGUAAGACAUCCAAACCCACGAACAGCCAACUGGCUGUAUAACAUUUUCAUUAUAUUAACACCCAAACGCAAUCAUCAAACUCGAAAUGAAAUGAGUUAGCUGCCAAAUGUAUUGGAUUGCAACAUCUUCAGUUUUUUUUUUUUUUUUAUAUGUUGCCAAAAAUGGGCAUUAUGGAAACGGAUCCCACUAAAGGUGAAGGUACCGGCUGAUUUGCAUAGUAUAUGAGCAAAAACUGAAUAAGAAGAAGAAGAAGAAGAAGAGUGGGAAGCACAACAACAACAAAAGUAUAACAAAAAAGAGAUGCAAAACCCAAAGGCGGGUUUGCCCUUGAAAUGGUUUCAUCGAAGAGCAAUUAACUAACCAGCUAUCGAGAGGGGCUUACAGAAAAAAUAAAACAAAAAAACUAUGUCAGACAACUCUAUAUAUAAGUAGUAUGUUUUUUAAGUAUGUUUUUUAUGAAUUGAAUUUGGUUUUCAGAUUUUUUGCACAUGUCGCACUGUUUGCUGAGGCCGCAGGGCUUCAUUUGAACGAAUGUCUCCGCAGUUGCCGCAUUUGAUUUCGUUGAACAACUGUGUAAAUAUUUAUAAGUCUUCCUGAAAAGACGCGUAUUUACCCAUCGCUAAACAUAAUUCAUAAUUGAUAAUGCAAAAGCAAAUAGAGAAUAAGCUGGCAAAAAUUUAUAGUUCGAUCAUACGGCUAAUAAUAGCAGGCAAAGUAGUUGUAGAUCAUAGAAAAGUAAAUAAACUUCAUUUGACCAUAAAUAUAUAGCGUAAAGGAGUCUUAGAUCAUACAACCUAAUAUAGGCCAUUUAAAGUUCUCAUUAAUCAUUUGCAUUGCAUUGAUAAUGCAAGACUAAAUUUUAAGAAAAUGCAAUCAUAGCAGUCAGCUAGAUGUCAGUCAAGCUGCGCUGACAAGGAAAAGCAUAACAGUCAGCUGCUGUCAGCUAGGCAAACAUGACGGCAAGGAAAUAUAUCAUAACAGUCAGCUAGAUGUCUGCUAGGCAGAAUUUCAGUUUUAUGUAAAACAAUUUUAAAUCUCGCAAAAACAAUUUUAAAUCUUAGCAAAAAGUAGUUAUCUUAGUCAUGAGCUAUGCCUUGUUUACAUUUUAAACUAUAUAAAGAAAAACCUUCGUAGAGCAAUUAGGUAUAUUAUGGAACGAAUUGCAAAGAGGGCUUUGGAGGUGAUAUUAUUGGCAAGUUUGUAAUUGACUGACACCCCAAUAAACCUUCAGGUGACUUGUGACUUUAAUUGUUUUUUCACUUGUUGUGUGUAUUUUAUGUAUUUGUUAGCUGUGGAUGUAUAUAUGUAUGCCAUGGGUUGACAUUGAACCGCACUUACGAUAUGCCCAAAAAGUAAUUGAUAUUUGAACUUGAUUUGCUUGUGGCCGAGGUAGCGGCGCUGUGAUCUAUGGCUCAUUGUCAUUAACAGCUAAUGAACAGGCUAUUUGUUAAAUUCAGAUAUCUCUUGGAUAAGCCUGGAAAGCUACUCAAAUAUAGUUCCGCUGGGGCAAGUAUUGUGAAUGCGGUAUGACUACGUAUGUAUUGAUUGCCGUAUUGCUGCAGUGCUCUACAGCUAGCCACUAAUUGUAUUUGCACACUUGUUAAGUGAACACUCAAGCAUAUUCAUAUAGCAUUGACAAUGCAACUAAUUCAUUUGAGUUUUGCUUACAGUUAGAUAUGCCACGAUACGGAUAUGGUAUAUCAUCCACAGCCCUCUGGCUCAGUCUCCUGCUGGGGAGUUGUGUUGGCAUACAGAAUGAGUCGACGCUGCAGUUGCAGUCGUUUGAUCAUGCGAUUCUUAAUGGCAGCAAUAUCUGGUCCAACAAGGACUUGGAAGUGACUGUGACAGCGAAUGCAAAUGAAGUCGAGAAUGAUGAUGAUGGAGCCAAGACAGACAGACACGAAGCACUGCUCGCUCAGAGCUCCAUCAUCUACGGAUUGACAGAAGUGGCCAAUGCGAGCAAUGUGAAUCCCAUUUGCCAUGCACAAUUGAAGCACGUGCAGCGUAGCAUCCUCAACAAACAGCCUUGGGCUCUAAAAGUGCUCGAUGCUUCGGGUGGCAAACCGUCGGGUUUUAUAUUUGGCCAAAACUAUUGGCUGGGCAGUCGGGAGGCUUGCGGCAGCAUGCAGCGACCUCUGGGCAUAACGCUGUCCAAGCAGUACAAGCGUCAAAUGCAUAACGGAUUAAUUACACAGCAAUCGCCCUUUGAUAUGGACUAUCGCGUUAUCUAUUUGCGACACAAUUCACCUUGGCAGGUGGAGCUGAAGCUGAUGUCCGAGCAAAUAAUACACAUCGGUCUCUGUUUGCCCAGCUCGUGCAAGUCGAGCGAGAUACAACAGUUGACCAGCGACUAUAUGGCGGGCAGCUUCAAGGACAGCGACAUUUUCGAAAUGCAGCCCGAGGUGCUCUACGUUAAGGACCUAAAGCUGAGAGACGUAUUCUACGACCGGCUGAGCUUCAAGCUUGUCGUGGGCUUCGUGUUGGCCACUUGUGCCUUCAUGCUCUGCGCCCAGCAGUUGAGCGUCGCCAAACAGCUACCAGCGGACGGGCAUGUGGAUGGCGCUGGCCUCGCACCCGUCGAAUCGGAAAUCUGGCGAGCUUUGCAUUUUUUGCUCAAGUGGCGUCCCGUGCAGAGCUUCGUUAGCUGCUACGAUGUGGCCAACAAUUGGCGGCGCAUCGUUGCCACGCGUGAGAACAGCUCCUCGGAGAUCCCACUGCUCAAUGGACUACGCUCUGUGUGCGCUGUCGGCAUAUUGAUCUUCCAUGUGAUGUGGUUCAUGUACUUCACGGUGCACAACAAAGCGACGCUCCUGGCCUAUGGCGAGCAGAUAUUCUUUCAGUACAUAUCAUCGGCUCCCUUGUUGGUGGAUGUCUUCUUUACCAUCAGUGGUUUUUUGCAGACGUACAACUUUUUACGCAAUACAAAGCAAUUGCAGGCAAUACGUGAUAAUGGUUCUAUAGCCAAUGUGAAGCUCUUUUGCAAGUUACUGUUCCAUCGUUAUUUAAGACUUGUACCACUCUAUCUGAUUGUCAUGGGCAGCGUGGAUUUGGUUUUUGCCUACAUUGGCGACACCUCGGUCUAUCACAUCAAUGAACGUUUCGAUGAGAUCUGCAGUCAGCAUUGGUGGCGCAAUUUGCUCUUCAUACAGAACUUCUAUGAUUUCAAUGAUCUAUGCCUGAAUUGGAGCUGGAGCAUGGCCUGUGAUAUGCAAUUCUUUUUAAUUGCAAAUGCCAUAUUGUUUCUAUAUGUCAAGCAUCCCAAGUCGGCUAAGUUGCUGACUCUCGGUGGCCUCGUGGCCAAUAUUGUGUGGUCCUUUGGCAUUGGCAUCAAGAGCAACUUUGAGUUCUCCUUUGACAUAGUCUAUGGCACCAGCUCACAGAUCUAUAUAAAUCCCAUUGUGCGCGUGCUGCCCUACAUUGUGGGCUCCAUAGUAGCCUUCUGCCUGGCAGAGCGCCGUGUCAGCUAUCAAUUGAGUGAGGGGCAACAACGUUGGCUAUGGCACUUCUGCCUGCUUGUUUUUGUGAUCUGCAUCCACUCGACAUUUAAACGGGACUUGGGCUACAUGAUAACCGUUGUUUUGUUCGCCUUGGGUCGGAUUUGCUUCUCGUUGAGUGUUUGCUGGAUGAUUGUGGGCAGUGCAACGGGUCGGGGCGUUUGGUGGUCUCGUCUGCUGGAAGCACGCUGCUUUCAGCAUUUGAAUCGUGUAUCCUACGCCUUUUACUUGCUCAAUCCUUUGAUAAUAUCCCUGAUCUACGGUCUCAGUAGUUCCAGCACGCAUGCCGACCCCAUUAUGCUGUGCAUUAUUUGUUGCGGAUUUACAUUGAUUGUCUACCUGGCGUCCAUUGUUUUUUCAAUGGCAUUCGAGUUACCAUACAGCAAUUUGUCAAGUUUGUUAUUAAGAAAACCAAAAACUACCUAAUUUUGUAAGCAACUCUUGCUCUGUUCUGUGAACAAUUGAUGCAUUUAGUAUACUAUUAAGUAUGUAUAUAAUUCACGAAACGUACCCAGGUUUAUCGAUAUUCAAGUCUAUGUAUAUAAAUAUAUAAUUAUUUAGUGUUAUAUUGCUAACCAAAUAAAGUGAAACACGCGAUUUUACGGUUUUAACUAAACUGAAA